AUGGGUAAUUGUUUUCUAAUUCAAUUAAGACAACCCAAGAGAAUUAGUUCAAUCGAUAUUCCGGUGGAGUCGAUGACGACGUAUCGAGAAAAGGUUGUACGGGUGUUGAAGAUGAACGGAAAGGUUGCUGUCGAGUACCGAUCAUCAGUUUUAGUUAAGGAUGUGUUGAAGAAUUUCCAAGGUUUCGGAGUUGGAAUUUCUCAAGGGUCGUCGCAAAUUCUCCCUCCGGAUUAUGAACUGAAAACUGGAAAUGUUUACUACCUUCUCCCUAAUCCUCAAUCGGUAAACAAAACGGAUAGUCAGUUAUGUGGGGAGGUUAAGCAGAUUAAAGUGAUUAUAACAAAGCAACAGCUUCAAGAAUUGUUAACGAAAAAGGGUUCAAUUGAAGAUAUGAUCGCCAAAGUUUCUGAAGGAUUAUUUGAUGAUCAAGGGCAUACUGACGUUAACGACCGUACACCAAGAAGUUGGAGGCCUGAACUUGAAACUAUACCAGAAGGACGUGAAUAG